UUCAGCUACUUCACUCUGCCCUGAUCUUUGGAUAGAGACUUAGCUGUUUCUUCUGACAGUCGCGAAGUCAGCAUGGCCGUCCACGGAGUGCCUAACCACAAUCAAAUGGAUUAUAAUGUCGAUAAUAUGGAUCCGAAACAUGGGAAACUGCUGCCCUGCCAGGACGACCGUCUGGACAGCGGACUGGGUUCCCUGAAAGAAGACGAGCUGGUGAACGACUUUGACGAGUUGACUUUGGGCUCACAGGCACACACACACGAGUACGAGACUUGGAGAACUGCAGUGACUGAAGACGGUGACACGCUUCUGCACUUGGCCAUCAUUCAUGAAGCCACUGAGCAUGCCCUCCAGAUGAUCAAGCUGUCCCACAGUCACCCCUUUCUCAACAUACAGAAUCACCAGAGACAGACUGCCCUCCAUCUAGCAGUAAUCACAGAGCAGCUGCAGCUGGUGGAGAAGCUGCUGAAGGCCGGCUGUGACCCAAGGCUGGCUGACAACAGUGGGAACACGGCUCUGCACAUUGCUUGUAAGAAGGGCUCCCUCGCCUGCUUCGCCCUCAUUACUCAGAACUGCCAGCGCCACCUCACCUCCAUCCUGUCCUUCCCCAACUACAGUGGACAUAACUGUCUCCACUUGGCAUCUAUCAACGGCUACAUUUCACUGGUGGAAAGCCUUGUUCAGCUGGGUGCAGACAUCAAUGCACAGGAGCAGUGCAGUGGGCGAACAGCACUUCAUCUUGCUGUGGAUCUUCAGAACCCGGCACUGGUCCGUUGUCUCCUCGAGCUCGGCGCUGAUGUUAACAGCUUGAACUACGGUGGCUUCACGGCGUACCACCUCACCUAUGGGCGCCAGAACGAACAGAUCCGCUGCCAGCUCUAUGAAAAGACAGCACAGGAGCUGAGGGAGCUGCCUGACAGUGAAUCAGAUGAGAGCGAUAUGGAGGACCUGGACCUGUCGGAAGAUGAGCUGUAUGACGAUAUAACAUUCGGGAAAUAAACAGAACCAUCUCUCUACUGGAGGUGUCAACGACAGUGAAGCUGCUACUGGGCUGCCCAGCCAUGGGUCCCAGUGAGGGACAAAACAGUGUCCGUCCCCCCGUCCAGAUCCAAGCCCACAGGUGCUGGCCCCGGGAUCACAAACAUGAAUGAAGAUGGUGUCAGUCUGGUCAUGUCUGGUCCAGAUCACAGAACUCUGUGCCAAAAACCAAAACACCAAAGACUAUGACCUCCAUACAGUCCUUCUGUAUAAUGUAUAAAUAUAUAGAUGUGUAUAUACCAGAGAAGACGUAAUAUAUUGUAAAUACAGAGAUAUUAUUUUUGUACGUGUACAUAUACCGUAUGUUGUGUGAAUUUAAACACUAUUAACAAAAAUGCUCAGAAUAAAAAUAAGUCUA